AUGACUACUUUAGUUUUUGAAUCGUUCAAACACAGUCUGUCGGAUGCUCUUCAUGAACUAUCCGUUGAAAGGCCAAAGCCGUUGAAAGAGCCGACAGUCGAUGCCCUGGUUGAAUUCAUCAAAACCACACCGAAUGUUAAAAUAGUUUUUAUGUGCGGUGCCGGAAUUUCGACUGCUGCCGGAAUACCGGACUUCCGCAGUCCUAAAAGCGGCAUUUAUGCUAAUUUGGACAAGUUUGAUCUGCCUUACCCCGAGGCUGUUUUUGAUAUUAAUUUCUUUAAACUACUUAUCGUUAAUAACGUUGAACAGCGUUGGUUGUAUUUCCAGAAAAAUCCAGCGCCGUUCUUUCAUCUGGCGAAGUCGCUCUUGCCAAAAAAACUACGACCGACAAUAAGUCACUAUUUUAUGCGACUUAUGAACGACAAGGGAAUGUUACUGAGAGUCUAUAGUCAAAACAUUGACGGACUCGAGAAGUUGGCGGGUAUUCCAGAGGAGAAAAUUGUGGAAGCUCACGGGACGUUUUACACUUCGCAUUGCUUAACGUGCAAUAAGUGUUAUUCACUGGAUUGGCUACGAGAAAAAUUGUUCAAUGAUGUUUAUGUUCCACGCUGCAACGUUUGUCAGGGUAUCGUGAAGCCCGAUGUGGUAUUUUUCAGUGAACGGCUACCGGACCGUUUUUUUCAGUUAUCUGACGAAGAUUUUGCUGAUUGCGACGUGCUUAUUGUAAUGGGCACAUCGUUGAUAGUCACCCCUUUUGCCACGUUGGUUGACAAGUACUCGUCUACUAAUUUUAGACCUAUGGUAUCUCAACGUGUUCCCCGGCUUUUAAUCAACAAAGAAUUGGUUGGCAUGUUCUUAAUGAUCUUCCCUUAUGACUGA